GAGAGAUAAAACAAAAGCAGAAAUAUAGAAUAUUUUUUUUAAAUUUAAUUCUCUUCUAAGCUAAUAAUUAAGAAAUAUGUCAAUGGAAACUGUCGAUGAUUUACAUGAUUUACAGCGUGAUUUCGCUGAUGUGGAUAUAAAUAAUGGUGUCUCUAAUAUUGAUGACGAGCCAGAUGAGGAAGAGGAAGUACCGGCAGUGGCGGCAGUGGCUAAUAACAAUAUUGAAGUGGUCAUGCAUCGCCGCAUUUCUUCCGGUAAUAUGCAGGAUGUUCUUUCCGACAGUGGUGAUUAUUUCAUAGAAAUAGCCGUAUCGGAACCGCAAAAAGUUGGAGACGGCAUGAGUUCAUAUUUAACUUACAAAGUUACAACCAGAACAAAUAUUCCAAAAUUUAAGCGGACAGAUUUUAGUACCUUAAGACGUUUUAGUGAUUUUCUGGGCAUUCAUGAUUUAUUAGCCAGUAAAUAUAUCAAAUUAGGUAAAAUAGUACCACCAGCACCAUCGAAGAAUAUAUUAGGUACAACAAAGGUAAAGAUAAGUCCUCAACAAAGUGAACCUGGCGCGGGAGUGAAUGUAGAAUGGGUGGAGCAACGUCGAGCGGCUCUAGAGCGUUUCAUAAAUCGUACCGCGCAACAUCCCGUUUUAAGAGUUGAUUUGGACUUUAUUAACUUUUUGGAAAGUGAUCAGGAAUUGCCUCGGGCGGUUAAUACAGCCACUUUAAGCGGUGCGGCUGUUGUGCGUUUGUUUAAUAAAGUUGGUGAGACUGUUAAUAAGAUUACUUAUAAAAUGGAUGAAAAUGAUCCUUGGUUUGAUGAAAAAAUAACUGAAGUUGAAAAUCUUGAUGCUAAUCUUCAACGGUUGUAUUCAGCACUUAAGAGCUUAGUGACAACGCGUAAAGAAUUGGCAAAUCUUACUGGUUUAGUGGCCAAGUCGGCUGCCAUGCUGAGUACUUGCGAAGAGCAUACUGGUUUAUCCCGAGCACUCUCUAGUUUGGCUGAUACCGAGGAAAAGAUCGAAAUUUUGCGCGCCGAACAAUCAAAUUCAGAUUUUUAUAUUCUCGCUGAAUUUGUUAAAGAUUAUUUGGGCCUGUUCGGAGCUAUUAAAUCUGCCUUUCACGAACGUGUCAAAGUUUUUCAAUACUGGCAAAACGCUCAAGUGCAAUUGACGAAAAGGCGUGAAAAUCGCGGUCGCUACGAAAUGGCUAAUCGAACUGACAAACUGGAACAAGCUCAUCAGGAAGUUGAGGAGUGGCAAGUAAAAGUUCAACGUUGUCAGCAACAGUUUGAGGAGAUUUCUACGGAAAUUAAAAAAGAAAUGGAGCGCUUUGAAUUAAGUAGAGUUAAAGACUUUAAAAACAGCAUCAUAAGAUAUAUUGAAGAUCAAAUGGCCCAUCAGCAACAGAUAAUCUCUUAUUGGGAGGCGUUCAUACCUUGUGCCCGGGAAAUAGUUUAAAACAUAACAAUUACGUUACAUUUUGUGCAUUUUGUUUGGUUAUAUAGGUUUUAUCACAUAAAUGAGAGUCAAUCAUUCUAAAUUCUCAAGCAAA